AUGGCAUCAACACUAGACCCAACAGAAUCCUUCAAACCCUACAAGCUCAAGCACACUCUCCCAGCCCACAAACAUGCUAUUUCCAGCGUGAAGUUCUCGGACGAUGGUCGCUUCCUUGCCUCGUCCUCCGCCGACAAGACAGCCCGUAUUUACUCCAUCUCCGGUUCCUCCGCCAUCGUCCAACACGAAUUAGAAGGCCACGAACAGGGAAUUUCCGACCUUGCUUUCUCGUCCGAUUCCCGCUAUCUCGUCACUGCUGCUGAUGACCGGACUAUUCGCCUCUGGGAUGUCUCGACCGGUGCCCAUAUCAAGACUCUCGUCGGACAUGCUAAUCACGUGUUCUGUGUGAAUUUUAAUCCACAAUCGAAUAUGCUUGCUUCGGGUUCGUAUGAUGAGACUGUUCGCAUUUGGGAUAUUAAGUCUGGGAAGUGUAUAAAGGUGCUUCCUGCCCACUCCGACCCGGUGACUGCUGUUAAUUUUAAUCGGGAUGGGACGCUGAUUGUUUCGAGUAGCUAUGAUGGGCUUUGUAGAAUUUGGGAUGCUUCAACUGGACAUUGUAUGAAGACUUUGGUUGAUGACGAGCAUCCACCAGUUAGUUUCGUGAAGUUCUCUCCCAACGGAAAGUUUAUUCUCGUCGGGACUUUGGAUAAUACUUUGCGACUCUGGAACUACUCUACAGGCAAAUUUCUGAAAACCUACACAGGCCAUGUCAACUCUAAGUACUGCAUAUCUUCAGCAUUUUCUAUAACAAAUGGCAAGUAUAUUGUAAGUGGGUCUGAGGAUAACAAUGUCUACUUGUGGGAGCUUCAGUCGCGGAAAAUAGUUCAAAAGCUGGAAGGUCACACAGACACUGUUAUAUCAGUAUCAUGUCACCCAACUGAGAAUAUGAUUGCAUCUGGUUCUCUUGGAAAUGACAAGACCGUGAAGAUUUGGAUGCAGGAUGACUGA